CUGCCGUCAGCGCCUCAAACCUCCGCUCCACGAACGCCCACGGCUCACGUGAUAGUUUCAGGCCCAAGAGGGACCAGCCCUGGUUCCCGUGUGGAGUUGGACUCAGGAAGCAUGGCGCUCUGGCGGGCUUACCAGCGGGCCCUGAAUGCUCACCCGUGGAAAGUACAGGUCCUGACAGCCGGGUCCCUGAUGGGCCUGGGUGACAUUAUCUCACAGCAGCUGGUGGAGAGGCGAGGUAUGCGGAAACACCAGAUUAGCCGGACCCUGACCAUGGCCUCUCUGGGCUGUGGCUUUGUGGGCCCUGUAAUAGGAGGCUGGUACAAGGUUUUGGACCGGCUCAUCCCUGGCACCACCAAGGUGGAUGCUCUAAAGAAGAUGUUGUUGGAUCAGGGGUGCUUUGCCCCAUGUUUUCUAGGCAGUUUCCUCUCGCUGAUAGGGGCGCUCAAUGGACUGUCAGCCCAGGACAACUGGGCCAAACUCCAGCGGGAUUAUCCUGACGCCCUCAUCGCCAACUACUAUCUCUGGCCUGCUGUGCAGCUAGCCAACUUCUACCUGGUUCCCCUUUAUUACAGGUUGGCUGUCGUCCAGUGUGUUGCUGUUGUCUGGAACUCCUACCUGUCCUGGAAGGCACAUCGGUUCUAAGCUUGCCUUGCAGUGAUGCAGCUUGACCCUGGAAUGGUCAGAUGACCUCUUCAAAGUGGGCACAUCAGUUUUCAUGGGGUUUGGUUGCUGAUCAGAACUUAAUAGGGUCAGCACUAUGAAAUGGCCUAUUUCACUCUAAAAUGUAAACUGACUCCUUUUGAAUUCACUAAAAUCUUUAUUGUGGUCUUAUGCCCACCACAUACAUAAUAGGCAGUCCAUAAAUAUUUGUUGGACCAUAUGAUCUUGGCAACUUUAGUUUAUGCCCAUAUCCUGGCAAAUGCCAUUUAUCCCCACUCUUUAUUGAUAUAGUCGUUUAUCCAACCAUUUCCAACCCCAGUGUAGCUCCAGUUCUUUGGGGAUCCCCUCAAACUCUUUAGGUGGUACUUCCAUAAAUAUGGAAUCAGGUACCUCUAUACAAAU